CUCUACAUCUACCAUAGUCACACAUCAUGGCAGCCCCUAAUCCCGCUCCAGGUAGGGGCAUAUCUGAUUCUAAAUUUUCAGACAAGGGAAAGUCGACAGAAGUUCGGUUGUCAAAUAUGAACGCUGCCAAGGCCGUGUCUGACGCUGUGAGGACCAGUCUGGGACCAAAGGGGAUGGACAAAAUGAUCCAAACGUCCACCGGAGAGGUGGUCAUCACUAAUGACGGUGCGACGAUAUUGAAGCAUAUGGCUGUCCUUCAUCCUGCUGCAAGAAUGUUGGUGGAGUUGUCACAAGCUCAAGAUAUCGAAGCUGGAGAUGGUACAACAAGUGUCGUCGUCCUUGCAGGAUCACUACUUUCUGCAGCAGAAAACCUUCUCACUCAAGGCAUUCAUCCCACUACAAUAGCUCAGUCGUUUCAAAAUGCCGCGUCGAAGGCUGUGGAAUUCUUGGAAGAAAUGUCUACACCGGUGGAUCUGAGUGAUCGUGAUUCGCUUUUGCGAGCAGCUGCAACUUCUCUCAACUCCAAAAUCGUCUCACAGUAUUCCUCCACUCUCGCUCCUAUCGCAGUGUCGGCGGUGACGCGAUUGGUCACACCCACGUCAUCCAAUGUCGACUUGAGGGAUAUCAGAAUCGUCAAAAAGGUCGGAGGGACGAUCGAGGAUACCGAACUUGUCGAAGGAUUGGCGUUGAAUCAAAGUGUGAUCUCUCAUGCUGGCGGACCGACAAGGGUGGAGAAGGCCAAAAUCGGUUUGAUCCAGUUUCAACUGAGUAGCCCCAAGCCAGAUAUGGACAAUCAAAUCGUGGUCAACGACUAUCGUCAAAUGGACAAAAUCCUCAAAGAAGAACGACAAUACCUCUUGAAUCUGUGCAAACGCAUCAAGAAGACCGGUUGCAAUGUUCUUCUCAUCCAAAAGUCCAUCCUCCGCGAUGCAGUCACCGAUCUUUCCUUACAUUUCCUUUCGAAGCUGAAAAUUAUGGUCAUCAAAGAUGUGGAGAGAGACGAAAUUGACUUUAUCGCCAAAUCGACAGGUUGUAAGCCUGUAGCGGACAUCGAGGCGUUCAGUGAGGACAAGUUGGGAUAUGCUGAAUUGGUAGAGGAGACGAAUCAGUCCGGAGCCAAAGUUGUCAAAGUGACGGGAGUGAGGAAUCCCGGUAAGACGGUCAGUGUGGUGUGCACUGGGGCCAAUGCGUUGGUAUUGGAGGAAAGCGAGAGAAGUUUACAUGAUGCUUUAUGUGUGGUGAGGUGUUUAGUGAAGAAGAGAGCUUUGAUCGCCGGUGGUGGUGCACCUGAGAUCCACGUAUCGAGACUUAUGACUCAACACGCUCAGACUCUCAAAGGUAAAGAGGCAUACUGUUGGCAAGCAUUCGCCGAAGCUCUCGAAAUCAUACCUACCACCUUGGCCGAGAACGCGGGUCUGAAUCCUAUCGCCAUUGUCACCGAAUUGCGUAAUCGACAUGCAUUGGGCGAACGAAAUGCAGGGAUAAACGUGAAAAAGGGAAUCAUCUCCAACAUCAUUGAAGAAAAUGUCGUUCAACCUCUUUUGGUGACGACUUCUGCUUUAGAAUUGGCGACUGAGACUGCUGCGUUGAUUUUACGUAUCGACGAUAUUCAGUUUACAAGAUGAUACAAAAUCGCAUAUGGGUAGAUCAUGCAUAUCUUUUUCAUCU